UUGUUUCUUUAACACUUGCAACACUCACUUCAGAAUACAGCCUUAUUGUUUGACUGAGGAUCCCUGAAAGGGCUAAUUUUUGCACAUCAAAGAAAUGGCUUUGGCUCAGAGGAAAAACAUGGGUUCCUAAACUUCACAGGGAGGCAUGGAUGCCAUGCUAAAAUGCUAAUAUCACCUUUAUUAAAAUGCUAAUAAUAAAGCCUGAAAUUCUACGUCACACAACUACACUCAGUCUUCUAUUAAUGCUCUAAGCCGCUGAAAGUCAUAUACAUUGUAGUAAUCAAUAAAGGGAUGGAAAGGACUUGAAGGUUGGAGGAGAACCUGGUGAACCCGUGUGCGUGCGUGUUCGCGCCUGAUGCGCGCGUGCCAAGAGCAAUUCCAAGCAAGCCGCAAACAGGACCUGCUUUUACGUUCAAAGUUACAUUCCUUCCCCUUACAGUUUGAUCAGUCUACUGCACGAUCAGCUACAGGCGACUGAUGCGGUCCCCCGCUGUUCUCCUCUUUGCCGCCCCGCGUUUUUGACAAUGGGAUGGAGACCGCCCGCUUGCAUCUCCCACCUUCUAUGGAAACGAUUGGAACGGACGGCCGUUAACGGGCUUCGGCGGCGGCGGAAGGCAGAAGAGAACGAAAAGGCGCAUUGCGCAUGCGCGCGGACCCUUGCACCGCCGUUUGCACCGCCGUUUGACAGCUCUGCGUCGUUCGCUCUCCCUUCGGCAUGCGCGUGAGGCGCGCCUCGUUCGAGUGAAGCCCAGCGGGGUUGUUGGUCUUGGGGACAGGGAGGAGGAGGAGGAGGAGGAAGAAGGUGGCUUUCCAGAGCGGCCUCUCCGAUGAGCCUCAGCCUACCGCAGGGCCGGCGCUAUGGCUGCUCUGUACCAGAGUGCAGACCCGUCGGCCUCGGCUUUCCCGAACAAGCUGCUGGCGCUGAAGGACGUCCGGCAGGUGAAGGAGGAGACCACUCUGGACGAAAAGCUGUUCCUGCUGGCCUGCGACAAAGGUGAUUAUUACAUGGUGAAGAAACUUUUAGAAGAGAAUAGUUCUGGGGAAAUGAACAUAAAUUGUGUGGAUGUGCUUGGGAGAAAUGCUAUUACCAUAACUAUUGAAAAUGAGAAUCUAGACAUUCUACAGCUUCUGUUGGAUUAUGGCUGUCAGUCUACAGAUGCAUUAUUGGUGGCCAUUGACUCAGAAGUUGUGGGAGCUGUUGAUAUAUUACUUAAUCAUCGACCAAAGCGAUCCAGUAGACCAACAAUUGUUAAAUUAAUGGAACGUAUUCAGAAUCCAGAAUAUUCAACAACUAUGGAUGUUGCACCUGUCAUUUUAGCUGCUCACCGUAACAACUAUGAAAUUCUUACAAUGCUGUUAAAACAGGACGUUUCGCUACCCAAACCUCAUGCUGUGGGGUGUGAAUGUACAUUGUGUACCGCCAAGAACAAAAAAGAUAGUCUACGACACUCCAGAUUUCGUCUUGAUAUUUAUCGAUGUUUGGCUAGUCCUGCCUUAAUAAUGUUGACAGAAGAGGAUCCAAUUCUGAGAGCCUUUGAACUUAGUGCAGACUUAAGAGAAUUAAGCCUUGUAGAAGUUGAAUUCAGAAAUGAUUAUGAAGAAUUAGCCCAGCAGUGUAAAACCUUUGCUAAAGAUUUGCUUGCUCAGGCACGGAAUUCCCGGGAGCUUGAAGUUAUAUUGAAUCAUACUGCAAGUGAUGAGCAUGUGGAUAAACGAGGAUUGCUAGAAGACAGAAUGAAUUUGAGUCGCCUAAAGCUUGCCAUUAAGCAUAACCAAAAGGAAUUUGUUUCUCAGUCUAAUUGCCAGCAGUUUCUCAAUACUGUCUGGUUUGGACAAAUGGCUGGUUACCGCCGCAAGCAUACAUUUAAGAAGAUUUUGACAGUCUUGACAGUUGGCAUCUUUUGGCCAUUACUAUCUUUUUGCUAUUUAUUGGCACCACGAUCUCGAAUAGGCAAAAUAAUUCAUACUCCUUUUAUGAAAUUUAUCAUUCAUGGAGCUUCAUAUUUUACAUUUCUGUUAUUGCUUAAUUUGUACUCACUUGUCUACAAUGAAGAUAAGAAAAACACGAUGGGACCAGAAUUAGAGAGAAUAGACUAUCUUCUAAUACUGUGGCUCAUUGGAAUGGUAUGGUCAGAUGUUAAAAGACUUUGGUAUGAUGGCUUGGAAGACUUUUUAGAAGAAUCACGAAAUCAACUUAGUUUUGUCAUGAAUUCCCUGUAUUUGGCAACUUUUGCUCUCAAAGUAGUUGCCCAUAAUAAGUUCCAUGAUUUUGCUGAGAGGAAGGAUUGGGAUGCUUUUCAUCCUACACUGGUGGCUGAAGGUCUCUUUGCUUUUGCUAAUGUUCUCAGUUAUCUUCGACUGUUCUUCAUGUACACAACAAGCUCUGUCCUGGGUCCGCUUCAGAUUUCAAUGGGGCAGAUGUUGCAAGACUUUGGAAAAUUUCUUGGUAUGUUCCUUUUGGUGUUGUUCUCGUUCACGAUUGGAUUGACUCAACUGUAUGAUAAAGGAUUUACUGUCAAUGAAGAGAAGGACUGCGCUGGGAUUUUUUGUGAGCAGCAAAGCAAUGACACAUUCCACUCGUUUAUUGGCACCUGCUUUGCCCUAUUUUGGUAUAUAUUCUCCCUUGCACAUGUAGCUGUAUUUGUCACCAGAUUUAGUUACGGUGAAGAAUUGCAGUCUUUUGUGGGUGCUGUUAUUGUUGGCACAUAUAACGUAGUAGUUGUAAUUGUUCUUACCAAGCUUUUAGUGGCGAUGCUUCAUAAAAGUUUUCAGCUAAUAGCAAAUCAUGAGGAUAAAGAAUGGAAGUUUGCUCGUGCGAAGCUCUGGCUUAGCUAUUUUGAUGAUAAAUGCACACUACCUCCACCUUUCAACAUCAUUCCUUCUCCCAAAACAAUCUGCUAUAUAUUUAACAGUCUCAGUAAAUGGAUUUGUUCUCACACAUCAUCAGGCAAAGUUAAGCGGCAGAACAGUUUAAAGGAGUGGAGAAAUUUGAAGCAAAAGAGAGAUGAAAAUUACCAAAAGGUGAUGUGUUGUUUAGUCCAUCGUUACUUGACUUCCAUGAGACAGAGAAUGCAAAGUACUGAUCAGGCGACAGUAGAAAAUCUGAAUGAACUCAGACAAGAUUUAUCAAAAUUCCGAAAUGAAAUGAGAGACUUGCUUGGUUUUCGGACAUCAAAAUAUGCCAUAUUUUAUCAAAGAAACUAGUUCUCAAACUUUUCUAAUGGUUCAACUCAGGCACCUACAUUUGCAGGGUGUUGGGUGGGGUUCAAAAAAAGUAAUUUUAUUAAUAUAUUUUUAAAAUGCAGUAUAUAAACUGUUGCCAGAUUCUGUUGUGAAACAAUCACUGGUGAUUUUGAAUUAAUUUGAAGCUUAUGAUGUAUAUGAUAUGUAAACUGUAUAGAGUCUGCUAAAUGGCAAUAUUUUAUUGUAUGGCAAAUUUGAUAUUCUCAUUAUCAUAUAGACAUCAGACCAAUUUAUCUCUUGCGCUUUUGAGAAGGGGAUGAUGUUUAAUUUUUUUUUCUUUUCCAGGUAUGAAAUGAAGGCACAAAUUAUUUUGACAUGUUUUUAACAAUUGUACCUUUCUAAAUUAGUAUAGACACAAACCAGUUAUUAGCAUAUGUUAAAGGCUAUAUUUCUGAAAAGACUAUCAAUUAAGUUCAUAUAAUAUAAUUUUAAAAGGAUUGUUUUGGAGUUGGGCUAAUAUUGAAAGGCCAUAUUGCCAUCUCUGUGACAUGUUUGGUCCUCAAAAGCUGAUGAAUGAUACCAAAGAAUUUAAUACAAUGGAACUAAAUGUAUGGUUUUACUUUUAUUUAAAAUGGUGGCUGAGUAAAAUUUCGUUCAGAUAAUCUGAAGGUGCCAUUUUUAUCUAUGUCUCUAGCACCUAUUUAUAUCAAGUUGUUUCCAAGAUGCAAUACUUGAAAUAAUGGAUUUCAACAUUCUUAGUCCCAUAGAUAAUUUAGCAGAAUUAGCGCUAAGCAUGGUGCUUCAGUUGAUUGUAUUAGUUACUAUAAGAAUUCAUCUUCAUCAUGAAAAUAAUGUGGAAAUAUUUAAAAUAUUUUAUUCUCCUAAAAUAUUUAUAGUAAAAUACUUUGCUAGUGUAACAGAUCAAGUAAUGUAUUUUCACUGAUUUCAUUGAAAGCAUGCCAGAUGUAACCAGAUUACCCUCUCCAUGUUUGCAAGAAAUAUUUUUUGAAGACAUCAUUAGUUUUUUUAGUCUCAUAUUUAUUUUUUAAACACGUUACUUUGGGGUUUCUUGAUGUAUAUAUCCAUACCCAGUGUAAUUAUGUUUAUUUAUUUUGUAAAUAUAUUAAUUAUUUCUGCAAGUUAAAGUUAUAAGGUGCUGGCCACCUAAGUCAUUGAUAAUAAUGGAA